UACAGCAACUACAAAAACUAAUACUAAGGACAUUGUGCUCCGGGCCGCCUGUGAAUCUGAGACUUGUGCGUUGUUUCCUUGAUAUAUAAAAAAAAAAGAAUGCCGCGUUAAUAUGGGUGUGCUGUAGCUCCACAAUAACUUAAGUCUCGUCUGCAGGGAAGUCAAGCUGCAAUGUUUUAACAUCUUGUUUUCCGCAGACCUUCUCGGUCCAUCUUUAUCCCUAAACCUACUGACUGAUUGGCAUGCCGAUGGCGAGGAUGUUCUCUCUCAUCGGUCCCUAGCUCCUACUUCAACAAGCUUAAUGCGUCUUCAUUCCUUGAAGCGUGGAUGAAUGAAGUAGUCUGCCUCAGUGUCGGAAUUAAAGUAUAAUAGCAGACCGCAAAGGACCUGACAUUUUCAGCGAUUUACAAAAAGAGGGAAGUUUUAACUGUCCGGGAGCUGCGCGGAAUUAAACACCUUUUGCAGCUUAGAGAGGAAAUAAUCAAGUAGUGAGAACAGAUGUUUGGAAGGGACCCAACAUGUCUUUAGCCAACAGAAGAUGAAGACUUCAGAUAAAUAACCAGCCUGUUAUGCUGCAGUUCCAUGUCACAGAAGCCGGUUCUGACUCCCGUGGAGUGCGUUAUUAAAGAGCCUAUGCGGACGGUAGAAUCUGAAAAAGACAACUGAGGAAGGCAGAUGGAUGUGGCUGAGUUUUCCUGGAGGUGUGAAACAAAUAAGCAAAGGAUGAGACAGAGUGGAUGCAAAACCAAAAUGCAGGGCUCAUGUUUAAUGAAGUGGUCACUGCACAAAGAGGUGUUGAUGAACUACAAGACAGAAACUGGAAACUCAAACCUCUAGUUACACGUGGAGAGUGGGAAUUUUUUCUCUUGUUUUCCCAUUCCUCUCGAAGAAGUGCACAACUCUUGAUCUCUCUGAGCUCCAUUUCCACGCAUGGAGAAUUUGCCUCCCCAUGAAGACCUGAAGUGAGAACUCUUCUGUCUCCUCGGUUAGACCCUUGCAAUGGUCAAGAAGAUACUUGGAUGAUGAGCAGUACUAGUAGUACUGGGAUAUUUAGUAGUCUAAGUACAGUAACUCUGGAUGCAGCAUUACACAGCAGCCUCAUGGCUUUGCAUCUGAACAGCUCUCAUAUUUCCAACCACAGCUCAGAUGGCAUGGAGCCUCUCAACAGUUCUGAGCAAAUGGAGAAGAAUUGGCCUGCCUUGCUGUUUUUAAUCAUUAUCAUUCUCACCAUUGGGGGAAACAUUCUCGUGAUCCUGGCUGUGUCUCUGGAGAAAAAGCUGCAGAACGCCACCAACUUUUUCUUGAGAUCCCUAGCUGUGGCCGAUAUGCUCGUGGGAAUCCUGGUCAUGCCAGUCUCCCUCAUUAACAUUCUGUAUGGUAACGUCUGGCCUUUGCCCCACAAGUUGUGUCCCAUUUGGAUCUACCUGGAUGUGCUUUUUUCAACUGCCUCUAUCAUGCAUUUGUGUGCCAUAUCUCUUGACCGCUAUGUGGCCAUUCGGAAUCCCAUUGAGCACAGCCGUUUCAAUUCGCGCACGAAGGCCAUGAUGAAGAUUGCUGCGGUCUGGACCAUAUCCAUUGGAGUGUCGAUGCCUAUCCCUGUCAUAGGCCUUCACAAUGAAGACAAAGUAUUUGUGAAUGGGAGCUGUGUCCUAAAUGAAGAUAACUUUAUCCUCAUUGGCUCUUUUGUGGCUUUCUUCAUCCCCCUGAUUAUCAUGGUAGUCACUUACUGCCUGACGGUGCAGGUGCUGCAGAGGCAGGCCAAUGUCUUCCUGUAUGAAGGUCAUCCCAAGCAGCCGAGACGCAGCAGCCUAAACUGCCUGAAGAAGGACACUUCACAAACCCCCUCUGACAACAUCUCCAUAAUCCAAAGCUCAGAGGGGGCCUCUCAGCUCAAUUCCCCAGUCAACAGAGACCCAGGUCAUGGGCGUAAGGGGAUGAUGCAGGCCAUCAAGAAUGAACGGAGGGCUUCCAAGAUCCUAGGGGUGGUCUUCUUCUUGUUUCUUCUGAUGUGGUGCCCGUUCUUCAUCACCAAUGUCAUGAAUGUCCUCUGUAAAAAUGCCUGCAACACACACCUGCUGGAGGAGUUACUCAAUGUGUUUGCAUGGGUGGGGUAUGUGUCCUCCGGCAUUAAUCCUCUGGUCUACACACUCUUCAACAAAACCUACCGACAGGCCUUCUCAAACUACAUCUGCUGCCAAUAUCGAAACAAUAAAAAGGCAUUUAUGAAUGUUUAUCAGGCUCCAGUCGCCACGCCAACCAUGUAUAGUAAAGAUGUUAACCUGAAUAGCAAUUGUAGGAAUGGCAACGAACUCAACAGCAUGGAUCUGGACGAUACUGACGAGGCCCUAGAGAUGCAGCCUGGCACAUCUGAAGUGUCAAUUAACAGCUGCAAUGUUACCAGCGAUCACGUCAGCUGUGUAUAAUGGUCAAACUCUGAAUGUAUUAAAAAAUGCAUCUUUUAUUUUCAGUGGAGAAUAUGCAUGGGAAGCAUUUGAGCCCCAGCUUGUACCUGAUAUUCCAGUAGAUUGGUGUUCUGUAUCCAAUAAUGCAUAGAUGCCACACAUUGUAAAUAAUGUAUCCAUGGGAAAAAGGACUUUUAUACAGUUUUUUUUCAGUUUUAAAGC